GGGAGGUUUGAGGAAGAAUUCCGGUUCAGUCUGGCUGGAUCUCCUACGCCUGCCAUCCUGACCAUCAAGCUUUCCCUACACCCAGCGCUGCCGGCUCACUAACAGCUCCCCGGUGCCCGUGACGUUCCAGCUCCGCAUGUCGUUCGAUGGCACGCAGCCGGCCGUGGACAGCGUCGAUCAGAUCCGCUGCCACAGUGACCCAGCCUGGAGGAAGGGCAUUCACUUCUAUGUGGAGCCCCGGGAGUUUACAAUCACUCCCAGCCGAGGGACCAUCCUGCCCCAGGGACACCAGGACAUCCAGGUGACCCUGUGUUCCAACUCGGUGAUGGAGUUCUACAGGAAGAUGCUGGUGGAUCUGGAGGGUUUUGGCAAGGGAGUGGCAUCAUUGGUCAUCACAGCCAGAUGUCUCGUUCCCAAGCUGCAAGUGUCCCCCCACGUGCUGCAGUAUGAUGAGUGCCUCCUGAAGGUGCCAUAUGAGAAGAAGUUCCUGAUUAGGAAUCCCAGCCACCUGCCUGGCUGCUACGGGCUCAUUGAACAGAAACGCAAGGAGGACGCUGCUGUGCUCUACUCCAGCCCCAGGCCCUGUGGGAUUGUCCAGCCUCACAGCACUGCAGAGAUCCCAGUGCUGGUGGAAGUGCAGGCGCUGGGCACGCAUCGCACCAAUGUUCUCAUCGGCGUGUUCGGGGAUGAGAGAAACCCACUGAGAAAACAGUUAUGGAGCUCUGGACAGCUGGCAGAAACCUCCCCAAGCCCAAGGCUGAUGGAGUCUGGCAGGAUCCCAGCACUACAGCCCAUAGAUGAGCUUCACCCACCUCAAUUCACUCCCCAUCCACCAAAGGAGAUGAGAACAUGUUUGAAUUGCCCAGCGUCUCGAUGGAGGCACUUCAAGGCUGGAAAGCAGGAGGCAGCCACAGCCCUGACUGAAGAGCAGGAUUUGACCCAGUCUUCAGGAGUAGAGGCUUCCAGUAUCCUGCCAGUGUCAGGUGUGCUGCAGCCAGGAGAGAGCCAGCAGGUCUCCUUGCCCUUCUCUGGCCACCUCAACAGCAUCUCCAGUGCCACGGCGCUGUGCCACGUGGAGGGAGGCCCCAGCUCCGAGGUGCUGGUGCCCGGGGAGGCCUCACGUGCCAGCUGCUCCCCGAGCCCCCAGGAGAUCAGCUGUGGCUCUGGGGCACCUCUCAGGGAGAGAAGGGAGCUGAAGCGGCCGGCUCCAAAGCUUGAGGAGGAGACAAAAGCCUUGGAGGAGGAAGAGAGGCAGAAGGAGAAAGAGAAGCAGAAGAAAGAAAAGAAGGGUGUCUCUGUGGGGAAGGAACCUCCAAAAGCAGAGAAGGGGAAAACCAAACCCCCAGAGAAGAAGGAAAGCAAGGCCCCAGAGAAGAAGGAUACCAAAAUCCCAGAGCGGAUGGAAACCAAAGCCCCAGACAAGAUAGAAACCAAACUCCCAGAAAAGAAAAACAAACAUCCAGAAAAGAAGGAAACUAAAUUCCCAGAGAGGAAGGAAAGCAAGGCCCCAGAGAAGAAGGACACCAAAGCAUUAUUAGAGAAGAAGGAAAAUAAAUUCCUAGAGAAGAAGGAAACCAAAGCUCCAGAGAAGAUUGAAAACAAACUCCCAGAAAAGAAAUACAAACCUCCAGAAAAGAGGGAAUCCAAAUUCCCAGAGAAGAAGGAAACCAAAGCUCCAGAGAAGAUUGAAAACAAACUCCCAGAAAAGAAAUACAAACCUCCAGAAAAGAGGGAAUCCAAAUUCCCAGAGAAGAAGGAAACCAAAGCUCCAGAGAAGAUUGAAAACAAACUCCCAGAAAAGAAAUACAAACCUCCAGAAAAGAGGGAAUCCAAAUUCCCAGAGAAGAAGGAAACCAAAGCUCCAGAGAAGAUUGAAAACAAACUACCAGAAAAGAAAUACAAACCUCCAGAAAAGAGGGAAAUCAAAAUCCCAGAGAGGAAGGAAAGCAAAGCACCAGAGAGGAAGGAAGUGAAAAUCCUAAAGAAGGAAAGCAAAUCUCCAGAGAAGAGAAGCAAACCUCCAGAAAAGAAGGAAACCAAAUGCCCAGAGAGGAAGGAAAUCAAAAUCCCAGAGAAGGAAAGCAAGGCACCAAAAAAGAAGGAACCCAAAGCCCCAAAGAAGGGGGAAGCCAAAGUGCCAGAGAAGAGAGAGACCAAAGCCCCAAAGAAGAAGGAACCCAAAGCCCCAAAGAAGGGGGAAGCCAAAGCCUGAAAGAAGGGAGGAACCAAAAUCCCAGAGAACCCAGCUGAGCUGGAGAAGAACUCUUUUUUUUAUUCACACAACUUAUUUUAUACAGUUUGACAAACCUAAUGUGCCACUUUAGUUAGUAGAUUUCUUAUUAUUAGUUAUGCCAGUUAUUCUGUUGGAUAAUAAAAUAUAUUCUACUUGUGCAUCAAA